CUUUUCAAUACGCUAGCAAAGCUCGUGAUUGAGUUGAAGCUCGAUGGCUCACGUGUAUUUAAUAUGGACGAGACGGCGUUUCAGAAACAACUCAAGAGCAAGAAAGUCGUAGCGGCCAAGGGGCCGAGCAACGUUUGGAGCACCGAGCCUACGGCGAAUUUUCACCUCACCAUCGUGGCGUGCGGAACCGCAGCUGGAUUCGUGGUGUCUCCGGCAUUUAUUUUGGCAGGGAAGACA